AUGCCCCCCUCCAAGUCCCCCUAUCCCGGAACAGCCUACCAUAUCGCCUGGAUUUGCAGUACGCAAAGCGACCUAAGCGCAGCCCUAACUCUCCUCGACAAAAACUUCGGCCCACCCGCAGAAGACCGCGAACCCAUAGCCGGCGACGCCUGCACCUACACAACCGGCCUGAUGGUCGGCCACAAGGUCGUGCUGGUCUGCAUGGACGCCGAGCUCCCGCAGCCGUUUACGGCAGAUAACAUCGUGCAUAAUAUGCGCUAUGAUUUUCCGAACCUGCGCUUCGCCAUGCUCGUCGGUGUUGGGUCUGCGGUCCCCAGGUAUGGGCUUGGUUGUGUACGCGAUGUCCGGCUGGGCGAUGUUGUUGUUGGAUGCUUGAAGGGGAGGAAGGAGGGCGUUGUUGUUUACGAGGUGCAUAAUAACGGGCCUGUUCAGAUGAGGACGGUGAAUAACCGUCCCAGUUCUGUGACGAAAGCGCUGACUAGGCUCGAGGGCCAACGCGCCCACCUCGGCCGCUACGUUGAACAGUGCGUCGCCUCUUUCCCCCAAUAUACCCGCCCUCCGCACUCAUCUGAUCACCUCCCGAAGCUAAUGGGCAAAGACGCCUCGAGGAUCGCCGCGCGCGCGAAUACGGACAUCCCCACCGUGCACUUUGGGACAAUCGUGAGCGCAAAGCACCCCGAUCGUAUACCCGUGGAACUCGACGGGCACUGCGUGGAGAGCCAGGCAGCCUCGUUACAGAGCGAGUGGCCGUGCCUUGGUAUCCGGGGGAUGGUGGAUUAUUGGGGCGAUGGCGGGAAUGGUGGUAGGGAGUGGAGAGGGUAUGCCCGGGCAAGCGCCGCUGCGUUUGCGAAGCUCUUUUUGCAGGCUGUUAGGGAGGAUGAGUUGAUGAGGGAUCGGAUUGUUAUUGAGGCGUUGGCUGUUAGGAGGGGGGUCAAGAAGGCAUAA